AUGACUUCAACACCCCUGACGAGACCGCGGCCCCGCUUCACGUCGCCAACCAUUCCCUCGAGCCCCGCUACGAUCAAGUCGAUUCUUCGACCGAACCCGACACCACUCCUAGGCACCCGUAAGAGGGGCCAUGACGAGGUUGACGAGAUGGAGAGCCCCUCGAAGCGAAAGAAGACGGUGCACUUUGACAUGAGCCUGAACAUGACAGCCGAGAUCGGCAAGCGCUCUCUGGAUGCCACCAAGACGGAAGUUCGAAAAGCCCUGGAGGGGCACGCGCGGGGCCAGAACGAAGAUUACAACGACCUCAAGGACGUCUUUGCGAAUGACCGCCAACGUUAUCUCGCUCCCAUCGCAGGGGACGAGGAGGACACUCUACGGCCCGAGGAGCUCGUCGUCUAUGUCGUCGCACUCACUACCUGUGCUCCGCUCCUGAACAAGUCCUGCUCGGCACUGAUCAAGACCAUCCUGCAGUGCUCGUGGGUGGGUCGAGACGAGCUGUUUCUGAAGGCAUACGUGCAGUUUCUGGCAGCACUCGUCAGUGCCCAAGGCUCCUGCAUGGAGCCUGUGCUUACCAUGAUCGUCGACAAGUUCAAGGAGUUCCGCCCCUCGACAUGGACCGUGCCCGAUUUCCCCGAAGUCGACCGCGAGACGAUGCGGGAGAGAUUGCAUGCCGGGCUUCGCUAUCUCCUGCAACUCUUCCCGUCCGCACGACCGCUCCUCUGCAAGCUCAUCUCCCAACGCUUCCCAUACUCAGAGGAGUCGAAGCAGAUUCACAUGUCAUAUGUCGAUAACAUGCUUCAGGUUCGGCAAUACGCCCCCGACCUGGGCCCGGAGAUCAUGGAAAUCAUCACCAACAGACUGGUCAAGCUCGAUGUCGACAUGCAGCUGGAUCUGGAUGACAUGGACGAUGAUCUUGUCACCCGCGUUGUGGUGCAGUUGAAUUCCCAAUCCGAUAUCUACGACGAAGACGAAGACGAUAGCGAUCUGGAGUCGUUGCUUAGCGAUGAUCCUGACUUCGACGCCGAGGCCAAUAGGAUAGAGAAGGCCACACACCAGGUUCAGAAACUAGAUUCGAUCCUAGACUCCCUCUUCACACUUUAUACACCCAUCUUCAACAAUCCCGACUCCCCCGAGGCACGAAGCUGUCUUGAGGACAUGUUAUCCGAAUUCACCAACUUUGUGCUCCCUACCUACAAGUCACGACAUACCCAAUUUCUCAUCUUCCACUUCAGCCAGCGAUCGCCUGCACUCACAGACACUUUUGUCGGCACACUAUUCAAUAUUGCCUUCGAGUCGAACCGGCCGACUGCCAUACGGCAGGCUGCGGCAGCAUAUCUUGGGAGUUUUGUGGCUCGUGGCGCCCAUGUUUCCCGAGAUAUUGUACGCAGCAUCGCAAACGUCCUGUGCCACCGCAUUGAGAUGUUUCGAACCACCAACCAGGAAAGCUGCCGCGGACCAGACCUCCGCCGCUACCAGCAGCUCUAUGCUUGGGUCCAGGCUCUCAUCUACAUCUUCUGCUUCCGGUGGAGGGAUCUCGUUGACUCAGUGCCUGAGCUGGUGGACCCUGAGGAUCCGUCGUCGUACCUUGGCCACGACCUCGAAUGGAUACCUGGGCUGAGAGAGUCUUUGAAUCGUAUCAUCUACAGUCCAUUCAACCCUAUGAAGGUCUGCACGCCUUCGAUCGUCUAUCAGUUCGCCAAGCUUGCUCAUCACCUCCACCUCCACUAUAUCUACCCGCUCCUUGAGACCAACAAGCGGGUGCACCUCUCGCAAUACGUCAGGAACGCCUACGAAAAUGGUGGCGCCCUGCGUGAUUCGGGCUAUGACCCGCAUGACGACAAUUUCCUUCAGCUGGAGUCGCAUUUCCCAUUCGACCCGUACCAGCUGCCGGUGAGCAAGCGGUGGCUCGAGGGCGAUUACAUCUCGUGGAAGCCGAUACCCGGGCUGGACAGGGACGAGGACUCGGAUAGCGACGAAGAGAGUGACGAGGGCGAUUAUGAGCAAGAAGGAGAAUUUGAGGAGGAGGACACCGCUACGGAUGACGGACACGAAGACGAUUAG